GACUGUUUUGUGAACAAAACUUUCUUUGUGUUUUUAAGUCAAUUUCAAUUUGAAAACAGAAAACAAUUUCAAUUUUUUAAAAUUAUUAAAAAGAUGCAAGAAGAAUUUGAACCAAUAGAAGAUCAAGUAUUUCCGAUACAUAAUCGUUCAAUUUGUUUUAUGUGUAAAAAGAAAAUGAAAAUGAAACGCAGUAGAUCUUUAUCUCCUAAAGCUUCAAGUAGUGAAGAAGAUAUGAAACGCAUCAAAUUUGAAGAAAAUGAAAAGGCAAAUGAUAUAAUAAUACAUCCACAUAUAUUAGACUUUUCUGAUGAUGUUCUAUUGAACAUAUUUAAAUAUUUGAAUCCUAAAGAUCUCAUGGCAAUAAGUUUAUCUUGCCAACGUCUAGCUCAAGUAGCACAAGAUAAAACUUUAUGGAGAAGGGUAGAUUUUCGAGCAACACCUAUAUUAUUAAAUGAUUUAAAAGAAUAUAUAAAAUUUCUACAACCUAUAACAACAAGUCUUGCUAUGCGUGGUGAUUUAUAUUGUGAAAAUGAUGCAGAGCUUAGUCCUUAUUUUCUCAACUCGGUUAAAACUACAUGUACUCAACUUAAAGAAUUAAUUAUAGAGGAAUAUUGUAUUAAUGCAGACAAGAUUCAAAUUACAGAUUUUCCAAGUACCAUAGAAAAACUUUCAUUAGAAGGCUGCAAAAUGGAACAUUUGCGUAGUAAUAAAUCAUAUUUUUUCAAAAUGAAUUUCCAUUUGUCUAAUUUAACAUGUUUAAUUUUAAGUAAUUGCGAAUGGUUUACUCCACAUUCAUUGUUGGUCAUUAGUAAGAUGCCAAAGUUAAAGGAAUUAAGGCUAAACUCGUGUCAUCGCUUAGGCGAAUGCGUUGCUUACACUAGUUUAGCUACAAGAUUUGGAUUCAAAACAUUAGAAAUUCUUGAUUUGCGAGAUACAGCACUUGGUGAUAGCGAAGUUGGAUGUUUUAGUUGUACUAAAACUUUGACACAUCUUUAUCUGGAAUGUCCUUCCAAUUUAAGAAACACGGAAUCGCCCGAUUCAGAAUCUCGACCUUUACAGAGAGAACCUUUGAAUCAACCUCCUGUAUAUGAAGAUAGAAAUCUUGCACAAUUUUUGGUCGAAGAUGGAUUUCGUUUUGAGAAUUAUAUGUUUGGACGAUGCCUAAUAACAGACAGAGCAAUUUGUGCUCUUGGAAGUGAUACUUGUGAUCGUAUAAUCAAUAACUUGGCAGAAGAAUUUAUAGUUGUAGAAGGAGACAAACGAAUAUUUAAUAAUCCUCAUUUAAAAACACUGGUUGUUAGAAAUUAUCCACAUGUUACAAAUUCAAGUCUCGUACAUUUAGCUUUAAAUGCAUCGAGUCUCGAACAUCUGGAUGUAAGUGGCACAUCUGUUACAAGACAAGGUGUUGAAACUUUUAAGACACAAAGACCGAACGUUAAAAUAGUUACCUCUUUUGAUGAAACACACACAAGCAUUUGAGAAGUACAGGGUUAUUCUGGAGACUUUGAUAACACAAUACUUUUAUUGUUGUAUAAAUCUAUUUUCCGCAAAAAUUAAUAUAAUCGUAAAGAUUAGGAGUAUAAACAAUUUUUUAUUUUUCAUUAAUUUCAAUAAUAAACGUAAAUUCUAUGAUGCGGAGCAUAGAAUAGUAUCUCAA